UCGGCAUGAUUCUUCUACUCAACUCUUUUCUCUCUUUAAUUAUAUAAACGCCCCGCUGUAGUUGUUGGAACUAAAAGGAAAAUCUAACCAUUUUCUCAUCACCUUUGUUUCUUUUCCUCUCCCUUUUCUCUCCCCUUUGUAGUUGGUCUUUCGGCACUUGUAUGGCAGCCAAUUGGACGAGUGGUGGAAGCAUCGCCAGCUUGGGGAAGCGACUUCUUAACCGCACCUUCACUCGCCACCCAACCCUCUCCAACGCUACGGCCUCUCCCUCUCCCGCUGCUGCUUUCACUAUCAGGAGUACUAACUCAUCAGCAUAUGACAAGAACCCGGAUGAUCAUGUCCAUCCAGCUGCAGUUCCUGAUGAUGUGAUUGAGCCUCAAUCAGACAAGUACUGGGCACCACACCCGCAGACUGGGGUGUUUGGCCCUGCCACCGAGCUUAAAGCAUCUGAAGGUGGGGAGCAGGGCUUGAGCUCCUCCCUUGCCAACGGCGGCGUGAACUCGGUCCUGGAGGAAAAGGCCUGGUUCCGCCCCACAAAUAUUGAGGACCUGGAGAAGCCAAACCAUCACUAAGGACUGUCAAUUAGCUGCUGUAGCUUAUAGGUAACAAUAGGUGUGCUUUUACAGGCUUGCUUCAAUCUUAAUAAAGUAACCCCCUGGUUUAAUGUUUAUGUUUUAGCUGGUAAAGAUAUAAAGGUGGGGCAUCUGGCUAGCAGUUUUUGGGAGAUUUGCAUGUCUAGCUACUAUGAACUUUGUCUCAUAUGAACUUAUGUUUGUAAUGCUUUCUCGGUAUCUUACUAUAAAAUGUUUGUUUGUUUGGUCUA